UAUCCAUAAAAACAUCCCUCACAGUGGUGCUCUCGUCUUUGGUUCGCUUCCCUAAAUUGAACCCCCCCUCCAAGCGCAAAAAUGGUUCGAUCUCCAUGUUGCUCCGGUGACCACGAGGCGGAGGGGUUGAAGAAAGGGCCGUGGAGCGCCGAGGAAGACGCAAAGCUGAGCGAGUACAUAGAGAAGGAAGGGCACGGGAGAUGGAGUGACCUCCCCAAGAAAGCAGGCCUCAACAGGUGCGGCAAGAGUUGCAGGUUGAGGUGGAUCAAUUACCUGAGGCCGGACAUCAAGAGAGGCAACUUCUCUGAUGAAGAAGAGGCCAUGAUCAUCAACUUCCACUCUCUUUACGGAAACAAGUGGUCGAAGAUUGCGACCCAUCUCCAGGGGAGGACAGACAACGAAAUCAAGAACCAUUGGAACACCCGGAUGAAGAAGAAACUACUCCGGAUGGGCAUCGACCCGAACACCCACAAGCCAAGAACUGAUCAUCUCAACCAAGCGAUGAACCUUUCGCAGUUGCUAGGCACUGGUGGGGGACCGCACUUGGGCAGCCCACCGCUGAGCUCUCUGGAGAACGCCAUCGCAAAUGCCGCUGAGCUAGCCAAGCUACAACUGCAGAGCUUGCUAGUGCAAAUCAUAGGCACAAGCAACCCACCUCCAAUCAUGGACCAUGGCAGCACCAAUAAUAGUCUACUGGGAAUUCCAAAUUACGAUAAUCACCAUCUGGGUGUUCUAGGGUUUGCUCCACCCAUGCAGCACCAAGCAGUGAACCAUUCAUCACCAUGGCCAAGUUAUGGAGGUGGGUUUGGAGUUAUUAGGGGAGAUGAUAAUGGUGGGUUGUGCGGCGAUGCAUGCAUGAUUCAACCAGAAAAUCCACUUCCUCAAUUGGUCUCAGCCUCUCCUGAGGGUUCUACAGUAAAGAACCAAUUUGAAAGCGAGAGCCUUCCAAUUUGUAGCGAUUGGCCUACACAAUCUCAAGCCCUCACAUUUGUCGAGGACUGGGAGAAGUUGCUUGAAGAAGACACAAGUGCCUCCUUCUUGAGAGAGAUCCUGCAAUAGCCGAAGACCAUGUUCGUCCCUCACUGGAACUGUGCAAAAUCAAAGUCGAGCCCAUCUCCAUACGGAUUUACGAGCAUCGCAUGGAGAACUAGCGAAGCAAAAUUCAUCAUCUUUUCUGGGUUUGCACAGUGGUCUAUUCCUGUUCACUAUUCACGUGUUGAUAAUUCUUAAUAACUAGCGAAACUUAUAUUGUUGUGAUGUUUUCAAUGAUGUGGAAAGUGAAAAGAAGGAAGAAGCCAUGCGUAGAACCAUGUAAACUUUCUGUUCAUAUGCUGUUGUAUCAAAUAUAGACACACACAUACACACCUGCAGCUUUUGUUCUUUUCCCUGUAAGAUCAUUUGUGUAAGUAUAAAAUGUGCACGAAUAAUGUUUCCUUCUUUGGAAGAAAUAAUAUUUGAUGGGUGACACUUUUUCA